GCAAAAAAACAUUCAGCAUUUCCUUUAAAUAUACCACAAUUACAACACGCCAAUCAAGAAAAAAGAAACCAUGCCAUCGGUAGUCUCCCCCCUCACCAACGUCAAAGCUCUCCUCUUUGACAUCUUCGGCACUACCGUUGAUUGGCGCUCCUCCAUCACCGAUGAAAUCUCCCUUCGAGUAUUCCGCAAACUCUCAUCCGAGAAUGUCCUACCAGCUGCCCUGAAAACCCGCCUCGAUGGUCUCACCCAGCCAGACUGGGACAGGUUUGUACAAGAGUGGCAUAACGCAUAUAGCGCAUUUACGAGAUCUUUUAACCCAGAAACGGACCCCUGGAAGAGCAUUGAUCAACACCAAUACGAUAGUCUUGUCGAGCUUCUCAAGAAAUGGGACCUCGAUGGAUUAUUCACGGAGACGGAGCUUGAAUCCCUGAGCUUGGUCUGGCAUAGACUCACCCCAUGGCCUGAUUCUCCCGAUGGUCUCGCGGAGCUGAGCCGCAAAUACACCCUUGGAACUCUGUCAAACGGAAACACCAGCCUGCUGCGUGAUCUGAACGACUUUGGCGGGCUUACUUUCCACAACAUCUUCUGUGCCGAGACGUUCAAGGCGUACAAGCCCAACCCGGCAACGUAUCUUGGCGCCGUGCAGGCACUCGGAUUGCAGCCGGAGGAGGUUGCCCUGGUGGCGGCGCACUUGGGAGAUCUUCAGGCCGCGAGAGGUUGUGGCCUGAGGACGAUUUACGUUGAGAGGAAACAGGAGGAGGCUUGGGGGCCGGAGGAGGAGAGGUAUAAGGAGGCGAAGGGGUGGACGGAUAUGUGGGUCACGGAAGAGGAGAAUGGGUUCUUGACUGUGGCGACGAAGCUGGGUGAAUUGGAGUAGUAGUGAUGGCACUUAUGAUGGAAAGUAAGAAAGGUGAAUUGGAAAGGAGACAAUGGGCUGUAUAUACUUGGCCUGGAACUGUUUCUGAUUGACUCGGAUAUCGACUGUAGAUGAGUCACGAGGUUGAAGAGCAGAGUUUGUGAUAUUUACUUAAACACUCUUAUGUCGUAUAACAGCAAUGAGAAGAGUGGAUAAACUGAGUGGUCUAGAUAUUGGCACAGAGAUGUAUGUUUUGCUUGAG